AUGUUUCAUCUCGGGCGGCCCAUCGGCCGCGACAAGCUUCUUGAACUUGUCCAGAGGGAGUUUCCUGAACUGGCCUUGUAUAUUGAAGCUGACCAGAAGGGGGAGGUUCAGUGGGACUCGAUCGCCUACAUUCCCGACGGCCUCAUUCGCGACCUCAACAUACCCGAGGAACUAAACGAGCAGCGCUCUGCGUGGGCGACAGCAGGCACGGCAUCCUCCGCCCUAACCCAGGUCCCGUUGAGCAAAUUGCCUAGAGGUUUUUUGACGUCAAGGACCCGCAAUGGUAUCUGGAUCCGUGGCAGUGGCAAUGAACGCGGAAAGGUGCGUGUUCUAUCAUCUAUGGGUCCAAUUCCGGAACUGAGCAUGCCCGCAAACUAUCCACCGUGCGCAUCCUCUCUCCUGAAGAAGCGAGGAAGUGGGCAGCGGAUAUGA